AAUGUCAACUCAAAUGUCAAAUCAAAGAACACUGUGUUAUGGCGGAGUACAGUAGAGACAGAAAAAUUUGCAAACUCGCUAGACGUCGUCAUUACAGGCCAAUAUCUCCCUGUGGAAGGAGAUCCGACUUGUUUAUAAAGGCUAUUAUUGAAUGUGAUAAUAUCGAGAAGUUAUGUCCACGACAUUCCUAUUGUCAUAGUUACAGUGGAAAUCGUGUAUGCCGAUGUCGUUCUGGUUACAAAGGCACUGGCAAUGUUUGCCAUGACGUUAAUGAAUGUGAAACAUACCGAAAUCUUUGUGGUCAUCAUGCCAAAUGUGUUAAUACCAAUGGCAGUUACAAAUGUCAAUGUUCACCAGGCUAUCAUGGGGAUGGAGAACUUUGUAUUAAAGAAACACCAACCAAGAAAAACAUUUUGACACCCAGCAAAGAGAAGAAAGGACCUUUCAAGGAUUUAUUAGAUCUUUUUAAUACAUCUGCAUCUCCAUCUAUCCUUGCUCGUGGCUUUUUCGUCAUUUUCUUGCAACCUCCUGUUUUCACGAACAGAAUUAUACUGAAGGAAAAAAUUCCGAGUUAAUUACGUGGCACAGUGCUGGUUUCAACUGUUUCGACUACAAUUUCUACGAUUUAAAGAUGACCGAGAAUCGUCAAAAGUGUUUGCAAAUCUGCCUCAAAGAUAACAGUUGUAAAUACUUCGCUUAUUUUGCACAAAAUAUGAAAUGUGCCCUGUGCACAGGUGUUUACAAAGCAAGAAAGUCAUGUGGUCGCAAACAGCCAAUCGAGAUCGUGGUUAAAGAUAUUGAUGAAUGUCAGACUGGUGCCCACGACUGUGACCAGGAUUCUGCUGUCUGCAUUAAUACUAUUGGAAGUUACAAAUGCCGGUGUAAAACCGGUUUUUAUAGAAAAGCUGGACUUGGAAUUUGCGUAGAAGGUAAGGGGAAUGAUGUUGCUUUAUUUUCUCUUGUAGAUCUGAAGCAAACAAGUGAGAAUGUUGUUUCUUUAGUACCUGAAGUUUUGUGGAUGUCUUACGAGGACGGUUGCUUUGAGGCCUCGUCUCAUUUCGCACGUUUAAAAGUAGAGAGCAAAGAGCACUGUCAACUCAAAUGUCAAAUCAAUAAUAGCUGUGCAAUGGUAGAAUACAUUAGUGAAAAAAAAAUGUGUAAACUCUUCAGACAUCAUCAUUAUAAGCCAAUCUCUCACUGUGGAAUAAGAUCUGACUUGUUUUUAAAGGCUAUUGUUGAAUGUGACAAUAUCGAGAAGUUAUGUCCACGACGUUCCUAUUGUCAUAGUUACAGUGGAAAUCGUGUAUGCCGAUGUCGUUCUGGUUACAAAGGCACUGGCAAAGUUUGCCAUGACGUUAAUGAAUGUGAAACAUACCGAAAUCUUUGUGGUGCUAAUGCGAUAUGUGUAAACAACAAUGGCAGUUACAACUGUGAGUGCUUACUUGGCUAUCAUAGAGAUGGAGAACUUUGUAUUAAAGAAACACCAACCGAGAAAAACAUUUGGACACUUAGCAAAGAGAAGAAAGGACCUUUUAAGGAGUUAUUAGAUCUUUUCAACACGUCUGCAUAUCCCCGAUAUCAUCCUCGCACAUGGCUUCUUUUUUUCGCUGUCUUGAUAUUGUGGGAAUACAUAUAGUUUUUAUUAUUUUUUAUAUUAAACUCUGUAAAACUGCAAGUCUGUAUUGUCAAACUAAAUUAAAUUAUUUUUACAACUUUCA